CGCAGCGGUGUUAGCGGCUUAGUUUAUUGUGGUUGUUAUGUACAGUUCAAAAUAUGUCGAUAAACUAAAUGUACAUACGAUAGACGUUGUCAAACGCUUCAGUAAGGAUACAAUUCAUUGAUAUAUUCAUUUCUCCAUAGAGUAAUUUGACCCUUUCUGCUCUGGUCUAACAAACUGCAGAGUUAAGCUAACAUUAGCCAAGCUGUCAAGUAGCCAGUUUAACACAGCACUUUCUUGCUAGCUAACUAGCUAGCAAUAGAUUUUAAACGAGGACAACAAAGAAAACGUCGUAAAAACUGUGCCGUUUGUGAAUUAACUUUGUCUUAAAGUCACAUUAUGAAGUGGAUAGCUCUAUUUUAAUAGUAAACUACCAGUAGUUUGUCCGUUUUUAGAUUAUGUCAGUGAUAUUGAUUGUACUGUAACGUUAGUCCACUGACUCGAGCUCGACAGCCAGGUGGCUAUUUAAUCAAGGAGUUAUUAACACUGAGAAUCCGAGAUCGUGUAUUCCGAACAAACAUGGAUAAGAAAUCAUUCGACAUCGUCUUAGACGAAAUCAGGAAGUGCGUGCUAACAGAUCAGCGGAUUAAGGCGAUAGAGCAGGUGCACGGGUACUUCUCCAGCGAGCAGGUAAUGGACAUGCUGAAGUACUUCUCCUGGGCAGAUCCUCAGAUCAAAGCUGUCAAAGCUCUUCAACAUAAAAUGGUUGCCAUCCCCACUACCAAAGUGGCCAAUAUCCUCAACUGUUUUACCUUCUCUAAGGACCGACUGGUGGUUCUGGAACUCAUAGCUCUGAACAUCUCUGAUGCCCAGAACUACCGUCCCGUAGAGGACCUGUUCCGUAUUCACCUGUCUGAGAAGAAACGAGCCCGCAGGAUCCUAGAGCAGGUAACUCACACACUGUCCUGUACUGCUCCAGCUGUGUUGUGA